AUGCUUCGCUCCACUCUAUUGUCCUUGAUCUCCUUGCUCACUGUCGUCUCUGGCAGUCCAACUCCCAAUCGCGACCAAGCAAACGCAGUUAGCGAGCGAGCGGCCUGCAGCACACUCCCGCCAUCCUUCGUCCUCGCCGGCGACUCCACGACGGCAGUCAAUGGAGGCUGGGGCACCGGACUCAUAUCCUUCCUAAAGAGCCCGGCCAAGGGCACAAACAUCGCCAAGAGCGGCGCGACGACAGUCUCGUUUGUGAACGGUGGAUACUGGAAGAAGGUCAUCGAUCAAGUCAAGGCUGACGCACCAACACAUAAUGUUGUUGUAACCAUUCAGUUCGGCCACAAUGACCAGAAAGCGGCCGCAAACAUCUCCCUCAGCGAGUUCCAGACCAAUCUGGAGAACUUCGCUAAGGAGGUGAAGGCAGCCGGCGGGACACCACUCCUCACGACGUCUCUGACCAGGCGCGUCUUCACAUCGGAGCACAACGCAACCGACUCGCUGCACGACCAGCGCCUGGCCGCCAUCGCGGCCGCCAAGGCCACGUCGUCGCCGUACAUCGACCUGAACCAGGCGUCGCUCCAGUUCGUCGACGCCAUCGGCAAUGAGGCGGCCCAGAAGUACAACCUCGCCACGGACGACCACACGCAUCUGAACGACUACGGCAGCGUCGUCUUUGGGCGCAUGGUUGCGGAUCUGAUCCUGGGCCAUCCGCCAACUGUGAGCACUAACGACAAGUGGACGCCUGCGGCUGACAACUGCUUCGUUAAUGCGUUCAACUCGAAUCAGACCCUGACGCAUGCUAUCUGGAGCGGCUUGCCUGCUUAA